CAUAGUACAUACAACUCCUUGUUUAUUUUAACACUACCAAUAUCUAUCCUCUCUCUCUCUCUCUCUCUCUCUCUCUCUCCCAUAGCAACAAAAACAGGGGAAACAGGGGAAUAUGGAAAAUGGAGCCAAGAAAACGGGCGGGUACGCUAACGGAGAGAUUGAAACCCCGAAUAACAUCACAAUCAAAGGGAUUCUUGGAUUGCUGCUGGCCAACAUCGAUUGUAACGACAAGAGGCGGCUGAUUUCCCUGGGCAUGGGCGACCCGUCGGCCUAUACGUGCUUUCGCACCGCCGACGUCGCCGAAGAUGCCGUUGUUGAUGCUCUUCGAUCUCAGAAAUUCAAUGGGUACUCCCCCACCGUGGGUCUCCCGCAAACCAGAAAGGCAAUCGCUGAAUAUUUGUCACGUGAUCUCCCCUACAAGUUAUCACCCGACGAUGCUUUUGUCACAUCUGGUUGUACUCAAGCUAUUGAUGUCGCGUUGUCAAUCCUAGCUCGUCCAGGCGUGAAUAUUUUGCUUCCAAAACCAGGUUUCCCAAUCUAUGAACUUUGUGCUGCUUUUAGAAAUCUUGAAGUUCGGCACUACAACCUUCUCCCGAAUAGUGGUUGGGAGGUCGAUCUUGAUGAUGUGGAAGCUUUGGCGGACCAUAACACCGUAGCAAUGGCAAUCAUAAACCCGGGAAACCCAUGUGGCAAUGUCUAUUCUUAUCAACACUUGAAGAAGAUUGCUGAAACUGCAAAAAGGAUGAAAAUUGUUGUGAUUGCUGAUGAAGUUUAUGGCCACCUUGCUUUUGGGGACACUCCUUUUGUACCUAUGGGAAUUUUUGGAUCACUUGUUCCUGUUCUCACUCUUGGCUCUUUAUCAAAGAGAUGGAUAGUGCCCGGCUGGCGACUUGGUUGGUUUGUGAUCAACGAUCCUUGUAGCACCUUCAAAAACUCCAAGGUUAUUGAGCGCAUUAAGAAGUACUUCGAUAUCUUGGGGGGUCCUGCUACUUUUAUACAGGCGGCAGUCCCUCGAAUUCUUCAGCAAACCGAUGAGGCUUUCUUUGCGGACACCAUUAAUACACUAAAGCAGUCCUCCGACAUUUGUUAUGAGAAAAUAAAGGAGGUCCCUUGCAUUACUUGCCCAUAUAAACCAGAGGGAUCCAUGGCUUUAAUGGUGAAAUUGAAUCUUUCCCUCCUAAAAGACAUUAGUGAUGACAUUGACUUCUGCUUCAAAUUGGCCAAGGAGGAAUCCGUGAUCUUCCUUCCAGGAAUUACUGUGGGUAUGAAAAAUUGGGUCCGCAUCACUUUUGCCGUUGAGGCGUCUUCACUUGACGAAGCCUUUGGGAGGGUGAAGUCUUUCUAUCAGCGGCAUUCCAAUCAGCAAGAAGGAUACUAGGGGUGGAGUCUUUCCUAUCAGAGGCAUUCCAAUCAACGAGAAGGUUACUAAUAACUCAGGCCGGGAAUCUUGGCAGCCGGAGGGAGGGAUACUAGAAUAAUUCGAGCAGCGAAUCUACGCCACUGCCGGCAAUUGCCAUUUCAUUUUUAUCCACAUACUGCAAUUGUAAAUGAUUAUAUAGUAUUGGGAUUUGUCCCACAUCGGUUAAAUAUUUCCUUCAAAACUCGUAUAUGAGCUUGAACGGCCUCUCCACUCUUUGCCAAUUGAUUUGGAGUUGGAUGUUUU